AUGAAGACCGUCAUUGCUUCUAUUGCGCUGCCUCUCUUGGCUGCUGCGGCGCCAGCUCCCGCUGCUACUCCCAGCGCAGCCAACCUCCCAGCCUUCGGCGUCAUGUCCGUCCGCUCUGCCUCGCCAAUUCACUACAUGCAGAUGAACGCUGCAGGCCAGAAGUUCUACCUCGGUGGAACCACUGCCUCCUACUGCCCGAGCAUUGAUGGCAUCGUUUGCCCCCCUGGUAAUCAGACCGUUUUCGCUCCAGGUGGUAACGCCAUGGAUGUUGAGGUUCCUGGUGGUCAACAGGUCUAUGUUGAUCCCACUGGUGCUCUGAGCUUUACCCAGGCCCACUCUGCUUCUAUUCCCGCUGGUUCUGCGGUCGGUGGUUUGGUGUAUGAGACUGGUCAGCCUUGGUCUCACUACAGCUUCAACGGCUGGGAUGCUCAGGGUCUCAUGGCUUGCCCGACUACCGAUAACCGUUGGCAGGUAUUCGCUGCCAUGCAGAACGCUACUGUGCCCUCCGGUGAUGUGGCUGACUGUCUUGGCUUCUCUGCUAUCGCCUUGACCUAUAGUGGUGAUAUUCCUGCCUGGCAGUACAUUUAA